ACGUACCGAAUAAGCCUCCAAAAAGUAUUUCACCGAUUGUCUCGAUCGGCAUCGAUUCCCUCGAUUCUCUCUCAUUUGUCACCAAGUUAUAGUUUCCCGUUAAUUUCAUCGGUCAGGGUUUGUUGAUUAUCGAUUGUCAUACCUUUGCGAACUGCGAAGUUACAGUAAAAAGUGAAAGAUGAAACGAUUUCAUUGGUGCAUAGUUGGAAUUCUCUUGGUGGGAUCUACAGUGUCAACAGCAGACGAUGGAUUUCAAGUGGAAAAAAUUGCCAAGGACACCAGCACCAGUCAACUGGUCACCAAUCUCAUCGAUUUCAUCUUCGGUCACAGUAUUAGCUCUCAAGGUCGUACUUUUGGGAUGAAAAGGAUACAAUUCAUGCUCAUGCCGAUGAUGUACAAAAUGGGAAUGAUGACGACUCUUCUAGUGGUUCUCACAGUGAUAUCCCUGAAGGGAUUAAUGAUCGGUAUAAUGCUAUUGGUCCUGAAGUUGAGUGCUUUCUUGGGGAAAUUCUACUCGGCGAUGUCAUCGCAUCAUCAAGUCGCAUGGUCACCACCAGCACCACCAGUUUAUGUACAUGUUCAUGGGGGACAUCAUCAACAACCCCAAUGGACAUCGCACUAUGAACCCAAUCCUUGGGAGUCAGCUAGCAAUCCUGGAGAUGAACACUAUCAUUACAAAGGAUAGCUUGUCUAAUCUCUUUGCUCUCAAUUAGAUAAAUUCUCAUCAACCAGAUUGGCAUUCGCAAUUGUUGACAACAAUUGCCGAGUGGCAAUGAUAAUGGCCAUAAUUUUCAAUUUGCGCAAGUAGGUUCAUCGUAAUACGUGUGCCUCAGGGGAACCAAUGGUCACAUGCUCAUUGAUUUAGUAUUAGAAGACCAAAAGGAUCGACCAAAACUCACGUAUUUAUUCUGUAAAAUAUUUG